AUGGAAUGCGGAAACAUGGGCCUGUUCGAGCGCGGAGUGCAGAUGCUGCUGACCACGGUGGGCGCCUUCGCGGCCUUCAGCCUCAUGACCAUCGCGGUGGGCACCGACUACUGGCUCUACUCGCGAGGGGUCUGCAGGAGCAAAAGCGCCAACGACAACGAGACCAGCAAGAAGAACGAAGAGGUCAUGACGCACUCGGGACUCUGGAGGACCUGCUGUCUGGAAGGAAACUUCAAGGGUAUGUGCAAACAGAUCGAUCACUUCCCCGAGGAGACGGAUUACCAAGCCGACCCGUCCGAGUACUUCCUGCGCGCGGUGCGAGCUUCCAGCAUCUUCCCCAUCCUCAGUGUCAUCCUGCUCUUCAUGGGAGGUCUGUGCAUCGCCGCCAGUGAGUUCUACAGGUCCAGACACAACAUCAUCCUCAGCGCCGGGAUCUUCUUCGUGUCUGCCGGCUUGAGCAACAUCAUUGGUAUCAUCGUAUACAUAUCAGCCAACGCGGGCGACCCGUCCAAGAGCGACUCCAAGAAGAACUCAUACUCGUACGGCUGGUCCUUCUACUUCGGGGCGCUGUCCUUCAUCAUGGCCGAGAUGGUUGGCGUCCUGGCCGUGCAUAUGUUCAUUGACCGGCACCGGCAGCUCCGGAUCGGGACCCGUGCCGCCGACUACCUCCGGGGCUCAUCGUCAGUGCGGACGCCCAGCUACCGUUACCGCUACAGGCGCCGUUCGCGUUCCUCGUCCCGCUCCACGGACCCGUCGCGGUCACGAGACGCCUCCCCGCUGGGCCUCAAGGCCUUUGGGACGCUGCCCUCCACUGAGAUCUCCAUGUACACGUUGCCGCGCGACACCCUCAAGUCAGGGGCGCCCGCCAACGCAGCCAACUACAAUUCGGAGAGGGACCACAACUUCCUGCAGGUGCAUAACUGCAUCCCGAAGGACGCCAAAGACUCGGCCCACGCCAACGCGGCCGCCAACCGACGCACUACCCCCGUAUGA